AUGAGCGGCGGGUUUUUCUUCCCGCCGAGCGGAAGGCGGUUAAAGGCGCGGGCCCGGAGGAGGCGCAGGACCGGUCGCGCCACCCUCCCAGGUAGAAGAGGAUGAGUAAAACUGUAACCCCUUCGACAUAUGUCCGCUGCCUAAAUUUCGGGCUAAUUAGGCAGCUGGCAGAUUUCAUUGAUCCUCAGGAAGGAUGGAAGAAGUUAGCAGUUGAUAUAAAGAAGCCUUCUGGAGAGAGUAAAUACAACCAGCUUCAUAUAAGGAGAUUUGAAGGAUUAAUUCAAAUGGGGAAAAGCCCUACUUGUGAAUUACUCUUUGACUGGGGAACAUCAAACUGUACAGUUGGCGACCUUGUGGAUCUCUUGAUCAGAAAUCAGUUUCUAGCACCGGCAAGUCUUUUACUGCCAGAUGCCGUUCCAAAAACAGACCAAACGUUUCCUCUACCUUCUCAAGAAACCCUCCCCAUUCAGGAGAAACCGGUCCCUCCCCUUGACAAAGAAAAGACGACAACCCUGCCCGGGAUGGCUCAGAAUCAUGAAUAUUAUUCAUUUCCUGAUUCUACAAGUUCAGACACCAACAGUGUGGAAUUUAGUGACACACGUUUUCACCAAUUUUCAUUUCAAGAAUUGAGAAGUGUUACAAGUAACUUCGAUGAACGUCCAAUCUCAAUUGGUGGGAAUAAAAUGGGAGAGGGAGGUUUUGGAGUUGUAUACAAAGGCUCCAUCAGCAACAGAGUAGUGGCAGUGAAAAAACUUGCAGCAAUGGUUGAUAUAAGUACCCAAGAACUGAAACAGCAGUUUGAUCAAGAAAUAAAAACAAUGGCCAAGUGUCGACAUGAAAACUUAGUAGAAUUGAUUGGUUUCUCCAGUGACGGAGAUGAUCUCUGCCUGGUGUACGUAUACAUGCCUAAUGGUUCCUUGUUUGACCGACUCUCCUGUUUGGAUGGUACCGCACCGCUUUCCUGGCAUACAAGAUGUGACAUUACUCAGGGUAUAGCAAGUGGCAUUUCUUUCUUACAUGAAAACCAUCAUAUUCAUAGAGAUAUUAAAAGUGCAAAUAUCUUGCUAGAUGAAGCUUUUGUUCCCAAAAUUUCUGACUUUGGACUUGCACGAGCUUCUGGGAAGUUUACCCACACAAUGAUGACCAACAGAAUUAUGGGAACAACGGCAUACAUGGCUCCUGAAGCCUUACAUGGAGAGAUAACGCCCAAAUCUGACAUUUACAGUUUUGGUGUGGUUUUGCUAGAAAUAAUAACUGGACUUCCAGCAGUGGAUGAACAGCGUGAUCCUCAGUUAUUGCUGAACAUUAAAGACGAAAUUGAAGAUGAAGAGAAGACUAUUGAAAGUUAUAUUGAUACGAAGAUGAAUGAUUGGGAUUCCACAUCAGUUGAAAAUAUGUAUUCUAUUGCUAGUCAGUGUCUGCAUGAAAAGAAGAACAAGAGGCCAGAUAUCCGGAAGGUCCAACAGCUCCUACAAGAGAUGACCACUUGCUGAUGUCCUUUUGAUUCGUCCAUUUUGAGGCUAACCUUGAAGAUGGACAAAAUGGAAAAAAAACACCCAACGACCUGUAUUACUUCCCUCAAAGCCAACUGAGUUUUCAAUUUUUUCUAAAUCUUGUUUAACUAGCCUAAGUUACUAAGAGUGCCUUAUGUGUAUAUUUGUAAAGAUAAAAAUGUCAUUUUGCUUUGUUCUUUUGUAUUGACAUUUAGGAUCAUGCCAUUUUCUAAAGACCCUGCUUUUUUAUUUAUCCACUAGAAUGAGAUUUCCUUCUCCUUAUUCCUCUCCCCUGGAUCUUGAUGUGCUACAUUUGUUCCUACGCCAUUUCUCAGCCACACCGUUUAGGUUUUUAUUAAAAGCGGGUGUUUAACAGAGUACAGAUAUAUUUUCUUCAAGUCAAGUGAUUUCCCAUAAUUUUAAAAUGGCAAUGAGCCAGCUGAAGGAAGAGGAACAAGGAAGGGAAAACAUGUAAGCAGCCCUAUUAACAUGUGCUCUGGCUGUUGGGAAAACAAGUUUGAAGGACCAACGCCACCAUUUGGGGGGUCACAGAGGGGUAUCAGGUUGGAGAACGUGGAGGCGGACAUGAAAAACAGAAAUCUAGAAAAGCCUAACUAGAAUGGGGUCAGUGCUGAAACACGUUCAGUUAGAAGAGCAAGAGUAAAAUAAACAGGAUUGCUUCCUCUAAAUCAUACGUUUCCCGAAUCAUUUUAUACAAACUACAAACUGUAGUUUGUAUGAAACUGUUUGGGUAGAUGCUUCUUUAAUUUACAUGCCUGGGGGUCUAGUAAUAUAAAUUUGUUUGACAUAUAAUGUGAUUCAGUGGAGAGAAAGGAAAUAUAUAUAUUUUUAAGUCCCCAGAAUAGAGGAAAAAUGCAAUUGGAUCAACAAAGUUAUCUGUGCAUUCUCAUUUAAAUGGUGCUACUUCAGCUGUGCAUAUAAUUACUUUUAGCUUUACCAGCAAUAAUGAUCAAUUAGUUAACUGUGCUACCGAAGGAGCUGCAGAGCAGGAAUAAUGGAUUAUCCCUGGUAGUCUUAACCUUGUCCCUCAAAGGAGGAGGAACAAGGAGCAUAAUUGAAUUCACCUCUGAAUCACUGCAAUUUGAAUUAUGUUUUGUAGUAAAUUUUAAUGUCUUAAUGUAAUGUUUUAUACAGUCUGUAACCUAUGAAAAUAGUUAAGGGUGUUAAAUAGCAAAACUAUUGCUUAAAAUCAUGCCGAAAACAGUGCUGAAGGUAUUUUAUUGUACCAUAAAGUAUUCGCUCGUAAACCAAGAAUUUAAAAAUUAAGACUAAAACAACUGGUUGCUUGUGUAAUUUAGGAUCAAAAAAAAUUAGUCACCACCCACAAGAUACUACAGAACUGGGCAGGAAAUAGACAAAUCUGGAAGGUACAGUGAUAAAGUGGAUUACUUUCCCAUGCUUUGAUGCCUUAAUAAAUAUAAUUUAUUUAAAACUUGUUAACAUUUCUAUAGUGACGUCUUUGGCCUAUAAAAUGUUUUAAGAAAUGGCUCUUUGAGAAUCUCAAAGAACUGCCAUGAGCUGUUCGGAAGAAAGAUAUUAUGAGCAAGAACCUUGUCUCUUUGUUGUGUAUUUCCAAGGGAUCAAUAUAGUGCUCUGUUGAUGUCAAAUUUUCGCCAGGACCAAUUACAAGAUAA